GUUUGACCAAAUGUACUGUUUUUAAGAUGUAUUUCUUGCAGGUGUAAUUUUACUGAAGAGGGUAGGUGCAUUUUUGAAUAUGACAAGAAAGUCCAAGAAUCAAUUUCAAAGGAAACAUGCCAAUGAGAAAAGAAACCAAAAAGAAACCAAAGUCUGUGUAGUGUAAAUGCAUGAGGUGGGUCAUACUUGUAAGACUGUAAGCUGUCACCUGUGAGGGGACCCAUGAAGAAAUGAUGACGUGCAAGUAAAAAAAAAAUCAGGCUUCUUCACCACUGUGAGUACAUAAGAAACCUGUCUGACAAUGUAUCAGCUAGAACAAGGAUGUAAUUUUUGCAGGUAUUUCCCUGUAUUUCCUUCCAGUAUAAAUACAGAGAACUCGUGAGCAGAGAAAAGAAGUUAAUGUGAGAGGAGGUUGAAUGUUUGAGCAGUGUUUGAACUGUAGAUGAAUUCCAUUAUAUCUGCGAUUUACUGAAGGUAAAAACAGCUCAAUUUCAGAAAUCAGGAACACCAACCCAACAAAGGUAGUGCUGUCAGUUAAUCUCAAAGCUCAAAUCAGGACAACCAGAAAAAAAUGUCUUUUGGGUCUUUUCUCAUUGUGGGCUUGAUUCUUCAGGAAACCUUGUCUAUGCCUCAACCAUUCUUCAACGUAAGUGUUCUUGAGGAAAUUGACAACCUGGACAUAACCAAGAUCAACAAAGACCUGAAUCUUCUUGAAGGUGAUAUAUUGCAGAGUCCACGGAGAAGUGCAAUUUUGGGAAAUGAGUACAGAUGGACAUCCCCCGUGCCCUACGUUUUUGAAAGUGGUCUUGAAAUGAAUGCCAAAGGAGUUAUUCUCAGAGCAUUUGAACAAUUUCGUCUGAAAACAUGCAUGGAUUUCAAGCCUCGGGAUACAGAACUAAACUAUGUGUCAGUGAAAAAAGAUGCAGGGUGCUUCUCUUAUGUUGGGAAUGCUCGAAUAGGUGGGCAGAUCCUUUCAAUUGGCCUCGGAUGUGAUUAUCUUGGUAUCGUGGAGCACGAGUUUUUACAUGCCUUAGGCUUCUAUCAUGAGCAGUCUAGGUAUGACAGGGAUGACUAUGUCACCAUUGUGUGGGAAAACAUUUUAACAGGUCGAGAGCACAAUUUUUUGAAGUACUCUAAAAAUGAAACCACGACACUGGAUACUCAAUAUGACUACACCUCUGUGAUGCACUAUGGCAAGAACGAAUUUGCUAACAGAACAGGGCCGACUAUUAUUACGAAGUUACCCGAGUUCCAGGAUGUGAUCGGACAGCGCUUGGAAAUGAGUCAAACCGAUGUUGUGAGGCUCAAUCGGCUAUACAAUUGCACAUCCUCUAUCGCCUUUUUGGAGCAGUGCAGUUUCGAGAAUGAGACUCUGUGUAAGAUGGCCCGGUGUUCCAGGAGCAAUGCCACCUGGGAGAGCGUGACAUACAGCCCUGGAGGUCCUGUUUCCGGGCACACCAGCCUGGGGAUGUCAACAGUGUCCACAUCUUCGUUCGGUGGUACAAAUGAAACAAAUACCACAUCUCCCCAAAAUGGAACAGACUUCUUCAUGCACUUCAGCACAGCCACAGGCGAGGAGGGAGACAGGGCCAAACUGGAGAGCAGAAGGAUGACUCCCAGGAGAGCCUGCACAGUUCAAUGCUUGCAGUUCUACUACUACCACACUGGGAACGAGUCUGAUCAGCUCAACGUCUGGAUCAGAGAGUUCGAAGAUGACAGAGACCCAACAGGAACUCGGAGACUCGUGGGCCAGAUUACAGGUGCCCCGGCUGACUAUUGGCAGUUGCAGCAUGUGCCCCUAAACGCCACAAAGACGUUCCAGGUGGAAUUUGAGGGGAUUAAAGGAGCAGGCAACUCCACCGGUGGCUUUUCCAUCGAUGACAUCAACCUCUCCGAGACUGAGUGCCCCGAUCGUAUCUUGCAGAUAAGGAAUGCAGAGCAGCUCAUUGCUGACAGAAUGUACAGGCUUAUCAACAGCCCAAGAUAUUAUUCCAGAGAUGGGUAUGGCUUCCAGGUUUUGGCCGUUGUAGGUUUGGAUGUCAUUGCUGUCUACACUCGCUUAGUGUCUGGAAACAAUGAUGAUCAGCUACAAUGGCCAUGUGCGUGGAGGCAGAUCACUGUAGGAGUGCUGGACCAGGAUCCCCACAUCCAGCAGCGCAUGUCCUAUCAAGUGAGCAUCACCACUGAUCCCACACAGCAAACCUGGGAUGACCCUCGGAAAGUCGGAAACCUCAUCACUGACUCGAGUGGCGCGACAUUCUAUGCAAAUCAGGCAUUUCGCCUUUUUGUAAUGGGCCAGCAAAACCUCAUGAGGAGAGCGUUCAUCAAGGGAGGGGACAUCUUCCUCCUCAUCACCAUUCAAGACAUUUCUGGACUGCUUUUCAAUAAUUCUCUUGAGUGCUCCACCGAGCUACCUUCACAGAACUUCACCUUGUUUUCUGGUGACCAUAAGGACGAUGGUCCAUGUGUGAUUCCGAAGAUCGAAACGACAGUCCCUCCCACAACUACAACUACUGCCAGCUUCUCUCCCAGGAUGGUGUCCUCUCCCGCAAUCGUCCUCCUCACGGCCUUGGCACUGCUGUGGAGUCACUAAGGGACACACCUUGCAGGGUGGCCUGCUUUUCACCUUCAUAUCGUCACGGUUCAGCAUGAAUAAUCAAUCACUGAAUAAUAAUGGGGUCAAACUGUGUGCUUGACAGAACCUUUACUUCCUUAAUGUACGUCUUGCAAUUGUAGCUCAUAUUGUACGAUUUUUGGAGUAGGUCAAAACUUUGACGUCAUCAAGUUUUUCAGCAUGACAAUUUAUUUUGAGGUGUCUCUCUCUAAAGAUCUGCUUUGAUCUUUUGUCCAGGAUUUAGAGACACGAGUAAGUCUCUCUUGUAAAACUGAAUAACGGUACAAUAUUGGUUCUCAUUAGAGUCAACUAGAAGUGAAGUUCACUCUGAUUUUUAAUUAUUAUAUGCUGCUGUAUAUUUACCUGUUUUAAAUCUUUACAUUCAAUGCACACUUUCUUUAUGGUGAAGUAUCUUGCUGUUACAGCAAAAAAAUACACCAGAGUGGAUGGGUGUAAAAAGGGGGAAUCUAUAAAGCAUAGAUAGCAUAAAAAAAACAAAUAAAAUGAAGUGAGAAAAACAUCUUCCACAUAAAAUGAAUUGAUUUUAAUUAACCUUGUGUGUGGUGGAUGUGUGUGGUGGAAAUCUUUUAGUAGCCAUAAAUCAGAAUGCUUGGUACUGACUUCUUCCUCAAGCAUGUACCCAUUUGCAGAGUAAAACACUUUCAUGGAUCAUUUUACAGUGCUGUUAAACAGUAUUACAAGAUAGUUAUCAUGGCAGGAGAUUGUGCUGACUUCUCUUGCACCCCUCCGAAAAAAACUACAAAACGAUACAAAUGCAUAGUAGUUUACAAGCACCUAUGGUGGAUGUAGAGACCCCUCAGUGUUCAAGAUCAGGCUUGAUACAGUGCUACAAACACUCCAGUGUAUAAGGGGGACUGUUCUAAAUGGGCUGAAUGUAUGUCAAGCCCUAACACUAAAUUAUCUGUUAUUAUUAGUGGACGAGUCAAUUCCCUUACUGGUUCACCAGCUACUGUGAUCUUCCUAGUGGCAAUUCAGUUAUCACUAGUGAUAAUUAUUUUCUUACUAGUGAUAUUCACUAGUAAAUUACUAGUUAGUUAACUUGUCUACUAGCAAACUAGUUACAAUUUA